GGGCCGGUGCGGGGCGAUGGCGGCCGUGCGGGCUGCGCUGCUGGCGCCGCUGCUGGCGCUCUGCCGGGGCGGGCCGGGAGCGGCGCCGGGGCCCGGGGCCGCCGCCCGCGUCGAGGUGUCGGUGGCCGGGCCCGGGCCGGGGGACGGACCCGGGAGCGGGGCGGGGGCGGCCGCGGGUCCUGGCGGCGCCUACACGCUGCGGGGGGCCGUGCUGGGAGUGGGGGGCGGCCGGGGCGGGCCAGGCCGGGGGGGCCCGCGGGAGGAGGAGGAGGAGGAGGAGAUCCGCGGGCGCCUGCUGCUGGUGGGAGAUGCAGAGCCAGAGCUGGGCACUGCUGACAGCUGGAUUGGUGUGGUGCCUGUGGGUGAGGACCCAGCCGAGGUCCCCCGGGGCGCCAAGGAGGAGUCCUUCACCGCCACUGUCGUCAGCAAGAUGAAGCGAGCCCUGGUGCUGGGGGCGUCAGCCCUGCUCAUCCUGGCGCUGAACCAGAACGCCAUACGGGAGCUGGAUGUUUCCCAGCUUCUUGCCAAGCCUGUGAUUGUGAUCCAGUCUUCGGACAAUGUCACCAAGCUGCUGGGAGCGCUGCUGCGUGGGCUUCAGGCUACGGCGAAGAUCACGUACCAGGCAGUGCUGCUGGAGAACCUGGGAGUGACCCUCACCCUGUGGUCGACCUGCGGCCUCUCUCGAGGGGGUCUCUAUGGGGAAUGGCAGGGGGUCAUCUGCACGGGGGAGAACAGCUCGCAGGUCCAGAAGUAUCUCCAGCAACUGUGGAACACCAUCCUGCUGAUCGCCCUGCUCCUCUGCACCGGGGUAAUCGUGCAGGCCCAGCGUCAGUCGCGGCAAGACCCAUUGGAGCAGGACGCCGAGCUGGAUCUGAAGCAGCACAUUCGGCGGCAGCUGUCAGCACUGAAAACCCGGCGGUACCAUCCCGGCAAACCGCUCCGGAGCCAGGCCUGCGAGAUCGAUAGCUGUGCUGUCUGCUUGGACCAGUUCCACAAGAGCCAGUGGCUGCGGGUGCUGCCCUGCUCCCAUGAGUUCCAUCGGGACUGUGUGGACCCCUGGCUCCUCCUGCAGCAGACCUGCCCUCUCUGCAAGCGCAACAUCCUGGGGAACUGCUGCACGGAGAGCUAGCUGGCCCAACAGACACACUCCAGGGACAGACCCGUCGCCGCUCGGGGGAGAGGGAGGGAGCAGGGGGUGCUUGGCAAGUGGCGCUCGCUGCCAGAGUGGGACCGGCACAGCUGCGCCCAUUGCAGCACCCAGCCAUUCGAGAGUGAAGGGUCUCGGGGCUCUCCCCGCUGGGC